GGGCAUAGGCAUAGGGGCAGCUCGAGCGCUUGCAAGGCGGCUCGAGACGAUCUCAACAGCCCCCUCUGACUGGCCCAGCCUCCUCGUCCUCCUGUUCCUCACUCCUCCGUAGCCAUUUUGGCUCAAGCCAUCUUGUCUCAAGGGCAAGGGCAAUGCUUAUCCAGUGUACGUUCAUUUCAUUAUAGUUGUCAUGCUCCGUAUAUUUAUUUUGGUCCUUGUGUCAGUUCCGUGCAAGAGCAUUCAGUUGACAGAGUUUGCAGCGCAGCCGCGUGAUUCCUCACAAGGCAAUCGUUCGGAAGGCUGGUCGACGGUAUCAGACCAGUCAUCCGAUCUUUAUACACGGCGCUCUCUCACAAUUAAGUCAAAUCGAAAUGCUUUUGUCGUUCUGACACUGCCAAGAUCGGCAUCUACAACCUUCUGUGACCGCUUGCGUGAUGAAGAAGGUUUUGGGUGUUCUGGGGGCUGAUUGGAUUAUUGUGGCAUGGUCGCUCACAGCUUAGUCGUCUUGUUCACCAGUGGGGGAUGAAGUGUUCUAUUUGGCCUCUGGACAAAUGUAAGCAGGACUGCUUGACCAACUCCCUAGACAGGUAUUGGAGACAAUGUAAAGAGAGGCGGUGUGGUUUCAAAGUAUUUCCUGAACAUCUUGCAUCCUGCACUUCCGGCCCGAAGUAUUUUCGUGACAUUGGUUUGAGCAAGGUUAUCAUUCUGGAGCGCAGAAAUCACACUGCGCAGUAUGAGUCAUUGGCAAAAGCUUAUGCUACAGGCGACUGGGGAUGGGGCCUUGGUGGGAGUGUGGACCCCGAGUGGCGGAACAAACACCCCCAAGAAGAAUUCGAGAGAUCGGUGAACGAUUGGUACAGCACGCUACGAGAGCUCUACAACACCUCACUGCACGUCUACGUGGAAGAUUAUAUUGCGCUUCCUGUUCAACGGAGACGAGUGUCGUAUUACCUGAAGUCCGACAUUUCAUCGCCCUCGCUCACUUAAUUGUCAGUAUGUAUGGCCUUCUGGGGGUUUAAUUUUGAGUCCGAAUUCAGGUUGAGCACAGUCUCCCGAGCAGAUCUAUCAUGUCUUUCGACGGGCCCGGCGACUUCCAUUUAGGAGCAUACGAUAGUCGCUCGCGUCCUCUCGUUGAUAUUACUAUAGAUGGAUCGGGGACAGGAUGUUUUUGCGGGCCACUCGGUAUGACAGUCGCGCGCGGUCGUGUCAGUCUGCCAAGACCAGCUUUGCUCUCUGACUUUUUGCAUGUUCAGCGCGCGGUUGGUGCAGCUCCCGUUUGACGCGUAUUUGGCGCGUCGACUGUUUCGCCGUCUGGUAACUGACUUGCUCCCUGGUUGUCAGAACUUGCGGCAAAAUGUUGGCUGUGGUGCGCCAUGUUGAAUGAUAUAUUGGACUAAUGUUGACUAUGUUGAGCCCGUCCUUGGAAGCAUCGUGGACGCUUCAGCCCCUCGCGAGGGGACCCAUGACCACAGGGAGAGUGAUGAUGAAGAAGCCG